AGCUGCAGUUCUCCAGUCAUCUUUAGGAGAGCGACGAGAGAGUAAAAACAUUUUUGUGAAAGACAGUCGGUCCUCGAGCAGAUCUUCUGCAAAGAGACAAGCUGCAUAAAUACUCAACACAACUGUGAUGAUAAAGUUUCCGCUCACACAAUGGAGGAACCCAGCACUGAAGAUAAAUCUGAGGCUCCUAAUGGUGAGAGAGGAGAGGAACCUGCAUCAACAUCUGCUGAGUCUGAUGUUAACAAUCCAAAUGCUGCUACAGAUGAUAAAGAGACAAACAAUCAGCAUGAGUGUGAUAAUAAAGAGUCUGCUCCCACAACGAAGGGAACCAGCACUGGAGAUAAAUCUGAGACUCUUAAUGGAGAGACAAGAGAGGAACCUUCAUCAACAUCUGCUGAGUCUGAUGACAAGCCAAAGGAUGGAACAGAUGGUGAAGAGACAAGCUGCAUAAAUACUCAACACAACUGUGAUGAUAAAGUUUCUGCUCACACAAUGGAGGAACCCAGCACUGAAGAUAAAUCUGAGGCUCCUAAUGGUGAGAGAGGAGAGGAACCUGCAUCAACAUCUGCUGAGUCUGAUGUUAACAAUCCAAAUGCUGCUACAGAUGAUAAAGAGACAAACAAUCAGCAUGAGUGUGAUAAUAAAGAGUCCGCUCCCACAACGAAGGAAACCAGCACUGGAGAUGAAUCUGAGACUCUUAAUGGAGAGACAAGAGAGGAACCUUCAUCAACAUCUGCUGAGUCUGAUGACAAGCCAAAGGAUGGAACAGAUGGUGAAGAGACAAGCUGCAUAAAUACUCAACACAACUGUGAUGACAAAGUUUCCGCUCACAAAAUGGAGGGACGCAGCACUGAAGAUAAAUCUGAGGCUCCUAAUGGUGAGAGAGGAGAGGAACCUGCAUCAACAUCUGCUGAGUCUGAUGUUAACAAUCCAAAUGCUGCUACAGAUGAUAAAGGAACCGACCUGAUGAUGGUUUUGGAGGAUCUGGGAUUGGAUCAGUUCUACAAGGAGAAACUGUCACUCAGCAAGAUACUGGAGAUCAAUGAGAAGACCAUCAAUGAUGAGCCUCCAAAGUGUAAAUCUGAUCUUCCAUUGUAUUUUCUUAAGAAACUAAUGAUGGUGAAUGUAACAGCUAGAAAGAUAGAAAGAUCAGCUUCUGAGUCUAACAGUGAAGAUACAUUAAGUGAUCCGUGUAAUUUUAAUGAUCUAUUUGCCUGUCAUAACAUGAAUGAUUCUCUAAAUCCUCUUGAUUUAAUCACUGCUCUCUUCCUGUGUUCUGAUGGUUUUGUUCAUCAAGAACUGGCUCUAAAAAUGUCCAUGUGUCAGUUCUCUGUUCCUCUGCUGCUUCCUAACUGUGACACACAGCAGUGCACCCUCAUGCUGUGGGCCAUGAGAGACAUUGUUAAGAAGUACAGACCUUCAGAUCUUUCAGAAUCAAAAGGCUUCAUAGAAGACAGAAUAGCUCUUUCUGAACUUCCAAUGAUCUCAUUUGUGAGACUGGGUGAGUGCUCUCUGUCCAAAUCAGAGAUCCUCAAUAAACUUUUGAGUAACUCUGAGCAAUACCAUGACACCUUUGUUCACCGUGACAUGGAGUGUGGAGACAUUCAGAGAAGAAUAUCUAAUGGACUGACUGAAAUGACCUGGUACCUUCCCUGUGGAAACAAAAACAUGGACAUCUUCAGUGAACCAGUUGCUAUAGCUAACCUUCGUGGAGACAUUGCUUCAUUUGAAACUCAAUUCUCCUUUUUGUGUCAGACAUCUGCUGCAGUUUUUGUUUUCUUUGACCAGCUGGACUCUGAGUGUGAACUGCUGACAAACAAAAACCAUAAAGCUCAGAUCUUUUUGGUGGGAAACCAGCAGAACAAGAGAAUUACUCUAGAUGUUCUGAAGAAACUAGCAACCAGGCUGAACUUGACGAGAAACAACAUAAUUAUAAAAUCAAAACAGACAAAUAAUGCAGAUUUUGUCAAAUCUUUGAAGAAAACUGUGAGCAGUGUACUUACCAACACACAGUUGAAGAUGUCAAUAGAGCAGAUGGCUGAAGUUGCUCAUGAAUUAGGAAUUCCAGUUGAUGAAGAUUCUCCAGAGUGCCAGGAUGGAAAGAAAAAUGCAGAUGCCAUCACUGCAGAGAUUAAAGAUACUUUUCAAUUCAAAGAAAAUCAGUUUCCUUUGCAAGGUCACAUAUGGAAGGAUCUGACUUUCUUGGAAAAGGAAGAAUGUCGUCUUCGGAACAUUGGUUCUGAAGACAUAGAAAACUAUAAGAGCAACCUUAUAAAGAAAAGAGAAGAGCAACGUAAAAAACAAAAUUCCUAUGCAAUGUCAAGUGUAAUGACAUGCUUCAUUAGUGCAAUAUCCAGCCCACAUAGAGAAAGGUGUUACUUUCUGAAAUGGAUAAGAAUGAAUCUCGACAACUUGUCUCGAACAGAACUUUCUGGCCUCAGGGAGCUUUACAAGGAAAAAUGCAAAGAUUCUGAAAACAAACAAGAGAUCAAAGAAAUUGACCAACAACUUUCCAGCAGCUCACUGGGAGUUGAGCACUUCUUCCGUGAAAUGGGUCAGAUCUAUGAAGCUUCUCUUUACCUUCCAGAAACAGAUCAAUCACGUCAACAACUGCAACAUCUGCCCAAACUCUGUGCUCAGUUGUUGCUGGAUGGAUUUCCUCUUGAGCUUGUAGAUGGAGAUGCUUCCAACAUUCCUCUCAGAUGGGUGAGUGAUGUUCUCUCUCAGCUCAAUGACUUGGUGUCUCCAAAGAACAAGAUCCUGGUCGUCACAGUUCUUGGAGUUCAGAGCACAGGGAAGUCCACUCUCCUUAACACCAUGUUUGGAGUUCAGUUUGCAGUCAGCAGUGGUCGAUGCACUAGAGGUGCCUUCAUGCUGCUCAUCAAAGUCAAUGAAGACUUCAAGAAAGUUCUCAACUGUGACUUCAUGAUGAUCAUCGACACUGAAGGCUUAAAGUCACCAGAGCUAGCACAGCUGGACAACAGCCAUGAGCAUGACAAUGAGCUGGCAACACUUGUUGUUGGUCUGAGUGACAUCACCAUUAUCAAUAUUGCAAUGGAGAAUUCAACAGAGAUGAAAGACAUCCUGCAGAUAGUGGUGCAUGCUUUCCUCAGGAUGAAGGAGGUCGGCAAAAAGCCUCAAUGUCAGUUUGUUCACCAGAACGUUUCUGAUGUUUCAGCUCAUGAGAAGAACCUGAGAGACAGGAAGCUGCUGUUAGAACAGCUGAAUGAGAUGACCCAGGCAGCAGCUAAAAUGGAGAAGAAAGAGGAAAACAAGAGCUUCACUGAUGUGAUGGAGUAUAAUCCAGACACUGGGAACUGCUACGUUCCUGGACUCUGGAAUGGAAACCCACCAAUGGCUCCAGUCAAUGCAGGAUACAGUGAGACUGUCUAUGAACUCAAGAAAAACAUCAUCCAACAGCUGGGAAAGUGUGAGUCAACUUCUAAUAACAUCUUGGAGUUCAGAGAGUGGAUAACCAGCCUGUGGAACGCAGUAAAACAUGAAAACUUCAUCUUCAGCUUCAGAAACAGCCUGGUGGCUGAUGCUUACAUGAGGCUCUGCACAGAAUACAACCAAUGGGAGUGGGAGUUCAAAAAGGAAAUGUACACCUGGGUUACCACAGCAGAGACAAGGAUUUCCAAUUUUGGUUCAUUUACUGCAACAUUUGAAAUAUCUGACAUGAAUGAAUUCAUGACCGAGUUGAAAAGUGAAGCAACCACAGAGCUGACCAAGUGGGAGACAAAGAUUCUUGACAAUCUGAAGAAAUACUUUGAGCAGCCAGAAGGUCAUGUUUAUCUGGUUGAAGGAUACAGAGAGGAUUUCUCCAACAGCAUAAAGAGUCUUCGACGACAAACUGAAAGAUCAGUGUUCAACCAGAUCACAACAGCAGCUGAAAUUAAGAAGGGAUUGAAAGAACUCGACAAAAUCAGGGCAACUUAUACAGAAAGAAUUGAGAAAGCAGUUUGUGAUUUAAUUGAUAAAUGUCGUAAAAGCAAAGUUAAAAUGACUGACAGAGAGCUUGAUGAAAGUUUUGAUAAGAUGUGGACUGAAGCAAUGAACACCUUGUCUUUCUCUAAACAGCAGACUUCAAAUAUCUUCACCAAUGUGUCCCUUCAGUUACAAACAAAUCUUUCACCCAAGGGAAGCCAUGCAUGUGAACUGCUGAGUAAAAAAAGUCUGAAAGACUGUGGACUGGAGCCUUUUACAUACAAACCUAUAGGAAUGAAGGAAACAGUCAAAACUUUUUUAAAAGGACUUUGGACCUGGGCGGAUCUAAUAAAGGCAAGACAAGAAAUCGCUGAGAGGAUUAUUUCAGAUUGUGAUGGCGAUAUUAGUGAUAAAGUCAAGAGAAAAACCAAUUAUCAUGAUACUUACAUCCAGGAGAUCCUUCACAUCAUUGAUAAGAGGUUGAACAAAACUGAUGUUGACAUAGACAUGAAGUUUGAGGUGUCUCUGAAACAACACAUCUGUGGAUCUGCAGCCAGAAAGUUUCAGAAAAUGCAUGAAGAAUUUAUACAAGAAAAUGAUCCUUAUAAAUGUCUGCAGAAAAACAAGGAAACGUUCUGCACAGAUUUCAAAGAUGUCUUCCAAAAACGAGAUCAAUGCCAGAAAAAAGCUGAAGAAUUCACAAACCAAAGUCUGAAACCUGCUGUUGAAAACUUCAUCUAUCGUUCUCUUGGUGUUGAUAUUGUUGAUAAAAUGAUGACAAAAGAGGAGUUCAGCACACGAAUGUCCUUCCAGUAUUCAGUUUUACUGGAUCUGAUUUCUAAAGGUGACUUCAACAGCUUAAAGGAGUACGUUUGUUCAUAUGAAGUUUACGUAAAAUCAUGGACAUCUAAAAGGAUUAAGGAGUAUUUCUCCUCUGGGUUGAUAAUUUGUGAGUUAGAGGACAAACGUCUUAAUUCCUGCAUCGACCACAUAAAUGAUGCCAUUAAAAAGGCAACAGCAGAAAAGUCUGACAGCCUGAGGACAUUUGUUGUAAAGAUCUGCACAGAACUUGGAGAUAAACUGGUAUUUUCCCAGGAGGCUCUUGAUGCCUUUAUGGUUGUGAACAAUGUUGACCAGGAACAGUUUGGUCACUGGCUCAACAAGUGUGUGGAGGAAAUGACAAAAUCUCUUAGAGAAAAGUUUAAAUCAACAAUGUUUGAAACAAAACUCUCACUUCUCCAUAUGAAACCAGAGAAUGAGCUUUUCAACAGAGUGAUUGGUUGUGGCAAACAGUGUCCAUUCUGCAAAAUAUCCUGUGAUGCUGGUGGAGAAAACCACACUCACCACUUUGCUUCUUUGCAUCGACCAAAUGGAUUAGGUCGGUACAGGAAUUCUUUAUCUGGGAAACUCGUAACUGACAUCUGCUCUUCUCUUGUCAUCAGUGACAUAUGUUUUUCCUGCAGUGAGGCAUUCUUUCAGCCUUACAAACAAUAUAAGGAUAUUUUCCCAGACUGGAAUAUUCCUCCAGAUGUGAGCCUUGAGGCAUCAGAUUAUUGGAAAUAUGUGAUGAACAAGUACAACAAGGAAUUUGCUAAAGAAUAUGAUGCAGAGCCUGGUGACAUUCCUGAUGCUUGGAAGAAAAUCACAAAAGAACAGGCAGUGGAAAGCCUCAAGAAAUCAUUCAACAUGAAGUGAAACCAUGAUUCAUGUUUAGCUGUAAGAACACAAUUGGUUCUUGCAUGUAGAUUUUUUUUGUCCCUUUCCUGAAAACCAAAAUAAACAGCUUUGGCCUAAUUUACUGUAGCUCUUUAUUUUCUUCAUUGAUCAUUUAUAAUUUUAGCAUUUUGUCAUUCUAUUAUUUUAUUAACUUUUGUUUGCAACAUAUUUUGUCUGAAAAUAUUUACACUCUUGUUGAAAGAAUGUAUGUUUGCUACUACAUUAGAUGGAUAAUUGGAGAGUUUCAGUACAAAUUUAUUGUUCAUUGUUAACGACUCAAUGAAAUCAAUUCUCCAUUGUCAUUACAUCAUUCAGUGGGUGAUUGCUGCAAAGUCAAUCACUGGAUGCAUUUACUGAGUUUCCUUAGAUAGAAAAAGUUUCACCAAAUGAUAAAAUAUAUGAUUAAAUAUAUUUAAUUUUAAAUCUGUCGAUUUGAUGUGGUUGAACUGAUUAUGUAUUUCUGUAUAUUAAAUGGAUCUGUUUUGUAUUCCAAAUUAUCUUGAGAUUACAUUUGCUAUGAAUUAGUGCUGGAACAAUAAACUUAAUUGAAUUAAAAUUGAUGUCAAAUUAUUUUUGUUUUGGUUAUUUUUGCUGUAUGGGUGCAGGAAUGUUAUGAAAUAAAUGUUCUUAUAUAUAUUUAAUUUGUUGAUUGGCAUAUUCAGCAUCAUUUCCAGAUAAAGUGUUUUGUUUGCAUAAAAAUGUCAUUUAUUGUUUCCCUUUUUAUCAUUUUGUCACAUUCAUAAGGAUUUAGGGUUUAUAAACAUCUAGUUCUGGGUUUUAUCUUGAGUUUAUCCUUGAUUUCAUUCAAAUGUAUUUAGAUCUUCAUCCUCAGCAUUUAUCAUCAAAUGUAACAGAAAAAUUCAGUUCAAAUCAAUUCAAAGUUUUUACGUGACUUGUUUUUUGUCAUAUCUCUCUAGUACUGUGCUGACUUGAUCAAUUAAUCAAUCAAAUUUUAUUUGUAUAGCACAUUUCAGCAGCAAGGCAUUUCAAAGUGCUUUACAUCAUUACAAACACAGAAACACAAAGCAACAUAGAAUCAACAAUCAAAACACAGCAUUAAGUCAAGUUCCAUCAAUAAAUUUGUAAUUGAUUACAUUUCAAAUACAAUUCUAAACAGGUGGGUUUUUAGUUGAGAUGUAAAAGAAGUCAGUGUUUGAUGUGUUGUUGUGCUAAUUAUGUUAAAUGUUUUUUUGUUCCAACUAAAUGUCAUAGCAGCUGAUUCUCUUUUCUUCUGUAAACAACUGGAAAGCUGCUCUUUUUUGUUAAAAUGAAUUAUAUUCUACAAAUAAAGAAAUAGGACGUCUUGUUUAUGUCAUGCUUAAUAAAAUAUAUUGUUGUGGA